AUGGACAACGAACGUUGUGAUAGAAAUAAUAGUGUUGUAGAAUGUGAAAAUAUACUGAAAGUACUAAAUAUUAAUGAUAAUAAUUCAGUACAACAAGAAAAUAUCGACAUAAAUAAUAUGCCUGUGCAUAUAUCGAAAAAAAAAUUAAAAAAAGAAAGGCAACGUGCUAAAAAAUUAGAAGCUGCUAAUAAAAGUUCACGUGUAUCAAAGAAUAUAAAUAAAAAUAGCCAACAAAUAUUUAAUUCAAAAAAUAAUAUCACUGAAAAAAACAUAAAAAACAAUAUUGAUAGUACGAUAGAUGAUAUAGAUAGUCAUAAUAGUAGCAAUUCAAUUAUAGAUAAUGAUAUAGAUGAUUUAUCAUUAGAGCAAUCAGCUUUCGUUCAGUCAAUUGUUAAACAAAAAAAUAAAUUAAAAAAUAACUAUAUCGUUAAAGAUAAUAAAAACUCGUUAGAAAAUAUAUCUCAUAAUAAUAAUAUCAAUAGUUUUGAUUCAUCAGAUGAUUUACAAGGAUUUACUGUGGUUAAAAAAGACAAAAACACUAGAGAUUGGGAUAAAACCCCAGAAGGGUAUGGAAGAGAAGGGUUUAGAUUAAUUAUGAAAGGUCAAAAGGCUGAUGCUAUAUAUUAUUUUUCAAAGGCUAUUCAAUUAGAUCAUUUAGAAGAUAUUCGUCAUUAUAUUAAUAGAAGUUAUUGUUAUUUAAAUGUUGGUAGUUAUCUUGAAGCUUUGAGUGAUAUCAAAUUUGUUAUUUCUCGUACAGAUGAUCCAGUAUUAAUAAGUAUUAUGAAAUGUAGACAAGCACAAGCAUUCAUGGGACUAGAGCAUUUUAAUGAAGCCGAAAAAUGUUUUCAAGAAGCAUUAAAUGUUCUUCCAGAUUGUUUGCCAGUUAAAUUUGAACUUUAUAGGAUGAAAAUAGUUCAACUUAUUAAUAUGGGAUUUUCUGAGAGAUAUAUUUUGAAAGUAUUUAGAAAAACACCAUUGAUUAAUGUAAAGGAUGCAAUUGCUAUUUUGUAUGAAUUGAGUAAUGACUACGAUAAAAAACUUGAUGACAGUAAUAUAAGUAGUGAUAUUGAGACGGAAAUAUUUCAAUCGGAUAGUGAUGACAAUCCAAGUAAUACAAGUAUAUUUAAAGAAGUAUUUGACUAUAAUGAUAACGAUAAUUCUUGGCAGGCAACAACUAAUAUUGAAGUAGAAUAUCAAACAAAAACAAAAGGAGCUAAAAAUACAAAAAAAGUUGAAUCUAAAAUUAAUGGUGGUAAAGUAAAAACCGCCGAUGUAAUUGACGCAACAAAAAGUUUACAAAAAACUACUACGAUUGACGCUAAGGCUGUGUGGGUCGGAAGUUUGACUCCUAAAAUAAAAGAUAGUAUGUUGCUUAAGAAAUUUUCAGAGUUUGGUAAAGUUAACAGUGUUGCCGUUCUACCCGGUGAAAGAUAUGGUUUUAUUAAUUUUGUCGAAGCUCGUUCUGCCCAGCGAGCUGUCGAAGCCGGUUUUGUUGAAUUGUGUGGAAUGAAAUUGCCAAUUAAAAUCCGCGCAUAA